AUGUUCAGACCAACCGCGCCUCUGUCAGGAGGUCUGUUAUGGAAAAUUCCAUGGCGACUGUCCCCGAUGCAAAAGGCACGUCAACGAAAGCGGCUCAGACUCGUCGACAAGGUAGUCGAUACCGUCAGCACAGCAUUGCAAAAUAACGGUGGGAUGACGGCGAAGGCCGUGGAGAGAUGGUAUCAAGAGAUGCCUAGGGAAGAGGAGAUGCUCCCAAAAGACAAAUAUACCAUCUUCGAUCGCAAAGAGAAGAAAUAUCGCAAAGGCAUCCACAAACUACCCAAAUGGACACGCCUUAGCCAAAGGGUGAACCCUCCUGGAUUCUGA